GUUGUGUCCUUUUUUAACCAAUCGCAGAAGCGCUCUUAGACUGCGAUACAAACACUUCCUGAGUCAAAGGACUGUUGUUGCGUUGUCAAGAUGGCUGGGCAUGAUCAUCUGUCUUUGUGUUUGUGCGACUUAAUCAGAUUAUUGUGGUCGUUGAUUUUGCCAUGCGUCUACCUGAGCGUGGUCCUGACGUUGCUGCUGGCCCUACUCAUCAUGGGCAUCCGGAUGUGGCUGCAGAAUUGUCGCAAAGCCCAAGCGAUCUCACAGAACGGCGCUCCAACGGUGGCCUUCUUCCAUCCCUAUUGCAACGCCGGGGGAGGCGGGGAGCGGGUGCUCUGGUGCGCCAUCCGAGCCCUCCAGAACAAGUACCCUAACGUGUCUUUCGUGGUUUACACCGGCGAUCAAGGAGUAACAGGGGAGCAGAUCACCGAAGGUGCCCGGCAGCGCUUCAACAUCCGUCUGCCUCGCCCGGUGAACUUUGUCUUCUUGAAAAACCGUGCCCUGGUGGAGGCUAGCUCCUACCCGCACUUCACCCUGCUGGGCCAGAGCAUGGGCUCCCUGUUCCUGGGCUGGGAGGCCCUCACGUCCCACGUCCCUGAUGUUUACGUAGACUCCAUGGGCUACGCGUUCACCCUGCCUGUGUUCCGGUACCUGGGAGGCUGCAGGGUGGGCAGCUAUGUUCACUACCCCACCGUCAGCACCGACAUGCUGUCUGUAGUGCGGGACAGGAACCCCAGGUUCAACAACGCAGACUACAUCUCCGCCAACCCCCUGCUGAGCGCAGCCAAGGUGCUGUACUACUGUGCCUUCUCCCUGCUGUACGGCCUGGCCGGUUCCUGCAGCGACGUCAUCAUGGUCAACUCCACCUGGACGCUGGGACACAUCCUGGCCCUGUGGCGCACCCCCGGCCGCACCUCGGUGGUCUACCCUCCCUGCGACGUCCGCGCCUUCCUGGACCUCCCCCUGGAGACAGAGGACGACACGGAGGACGGCUGGGAGAAGCUGGGACAGGAAGUCGGGGCCGGAGACAGGAAGUGCCAUUCCAUCGUGUCGGUCGGGCAGUUCCGUCCGGAGAAGGACCAUCGCCUGCAGAUCAGGGCGUUCCGGAAGCUUCUGGAAGGGAAGGGGGCAGGGGAGGGGGGGCGGGAGUCGGUGAGGCUGGUGCUGGUCGGAGGGUGUCGGAACCAGCAGGAUGAGGAGAGGGUGCUGGUGCUGAAGGGGCUCUGCCUGGAGCUGGGCGUGGCAGACAGGGUGGAGUUUAAACUGAACGUGUCGUUUGAGGAGCUGAAGCGGGAGCUGGCGCAGGCGACCAUCGGCCUGCACACCAUGUGGAAUGAGCAUUUCGGAAUAGGUGUGGUGGAGUGCAUGGCUGCAGGAACAGUGAUCCUGGCUCACAAGUCUGGGGGGCCCAAGCUGGACAUUGUGGUGCCCUUCGAGGACGGCCAGACCGGCUUCCUGGCGGACAGCGAGGAAAGCUACGCCGCCGCCAUGGAAACCAUCCUGGCGCUGUCGCCCGCGGCCAGACUGGAGAUCCGUCAGAACGCCAGGCGGUCGGUGGAGCGCUUCUCAGACCAGGAGUUUGAGGCUUGCUUCCUGUCUGCAGUGGAACCUCUCGUGGGAGUGGUGUUGCGAUGAGGAUGGUCGAUCUGACAUCUCCCCUCUCCACAGACUGUGACCCCUCAGCCCCUCUCUCUCUCUCUCUGGCCUGGGUGUGGACCAGCACUGCUGCCCUAUCCAAGCUCUGCUUGGCUACAGGGUCUAUUAUUCUUAUUGUUAAAGAACAGCUAGCAGGCUUGCUUGUCAGUGGUCUUAUCUGUGCUUUAACUAUGUUUCACUGAAGUGGAGGAGUCUCUUAGCUGAGGGUGGGAUUCUGGUUUAGACAUUCUUAUUUAUGUUUACAUUAAAGGAGUACUUGAAAUUGUAUUUUUUUGACCAAAAUUGUAAAAUAAAUCUGACCAAAUUUCUCUCUCUGCAGAGAUUAAAAAAUACAGAUGUGUCAAAAAGCAUUGUCAAAUGUUAUUAAAAAGGAAAUGUAUAUAAAGUAAAAUAGUUAUAUUAUAAAUAGUAUAUUGUUGUGAAUGUGGUAUAUGGACUUGAAAAAAAAAAAGAUUAUAUUCACUUUAGUUUCAACAAUACUGUAUAUUUUAACACAGUUGACAUCUGGUAAAUGCUUGCUUCCACUGCAUACCUGAGGGUGGACAAUCUUCCACAUUUCAUGCUUUUAUCACAGGCUACUACAGCGCUGGACGUUGGAGAGAAGGUUUAUACUGUCUCAGUUCGCUUCAUCUUGCAGGAAUAACAACAAAACUAAACAAUUUUAAAGCACUUUAGGAGUUUUGAAGUCCAUGAUCAAAUUCAGUCUUAUUUCAUGUAAAUCCAGGAAUUCACAUCUUGUGUUUUUGCAGUUUACAUUUCUCACAUCUCAAAAUAAAGAAUGAUAUGGAUAUGAA